GCUGGCCGUUCUGGCCUUGGAACGCUGCGUGCGUCGGCAUUCCAUAGCUUAGGAACGCUGGGGCGGCUGGCGUUCGGAUUUGGAACGUUGCGGGCCUGAACGCUCCACGGGGCCUCGAGCAGCUGAACAUGAGCGACUCCGGCGGCGGCGGCGGCAGAGAACAGAGGGUGCAGGAGGCAGGCAGCGGGACUAGCCCUCUCCGGGCUUACCCAACGUUGCCUGUCUGGGUCGUGGAGAAUCACCACGAGGUACUUCCUUUCAUUUAUCGAGCCAUUGGUUCAAAACAUCUCCCUGCCAGCAACAUCAGUUUUGUUCACUUGGAUUCCCACCCUGAUCUUCUGAUACCAGUGAACAUGCCUGCAGAUACUGUAUUUGACAAAGAAACUCUAUUCAGCGAGAUAAGCAUUGAAAACUGGAUUAUGCCUGCUGUUUAUGCCGGUCACUUUUCACAAGUUAUAUGGCUUCAUCCUUCUUGGGCUCAGCAGAUUGAAGAAGGAACCCAUCACUUUUUAGUGGGCAAAGACACCUCAACUACUACAAUAAGGGUUACGAGCACUGAAGGCUACUUCCUUUCCGAUGGUCUGUAUGUUCCUGCUGACCAGUUAGAGAACGAGAAGCCUUUGCAUCUCAGUGUCCACCUCGUGAAUCCCACCAAACCCUCGGACAACUGGGAGGAAAGCAGAGCUCUGUCUUCCACUAAGAGGCUCAAGUUAAGCGAUGAUACGACAGACUCUGUAGCUGCCUCUUCAUCAAAGGACACGGAUGUUCGUCCCUCUAGCUGUGCAGACACACAAGCUGAAGGUUUAGAAAAGAACACCCGAACACAAGAGACGGCAGACGGCUCCCAGGGCACCUCGGCCUCCUGUUCCUUUGGCAACCACACGUGUCAAACCACAGAGCUUAUUAAAGACAUUCUUCAGGUGUUGCAGAAAGAUGCCGCUUACGUUUUAGAUAUUGACUUGGAUUUUUUUUCAGUUAAGAACCCUUUCAAAGAAAUAUACACGCAGGAGGAGUACAAGCUCUUAAAAGAACUUUAUAAUUUUAAGAAGCCUAACAGCAAUGCCUCAGAGGAGGACUUGCUAGACUGCGUCGAGAAUCGCAUCCGCCAGUUAGAAGAUCUCGAAGCGGUGUUUGCAGAUUUAUGCGAUGAUGACUCUGAAGAGAUUCUGGAAAGAUGGGCUUUAAAUCCUGGGAUGGCGCCUCUCAUUCCACUUGUGCACAGUUUGAAAAACGGAGUGGUGAUCCCUAACUAUGAAUUGGUUCAUCAAGCUGGGCUUACCUGCGAUUACUCGGAAAUCCCUCACCAUGUCAGCACUGAAGAAGAAAUAGAGGGUCUCGUUCAGUCUGUAAAACAUCUCCUGAAGAAUCUGCCAAAGCCCACUCUUGUGACAAUAUCCCGGUCCAGUUUGGAUGAUUACUGCCCUGCAAACCAAGUUGAGCUCAUUCAAGAAAAGGUUCUGAAUGGGCUGCGUUCUGUAUAUGGCACGCUGGAUGUUCAUUUAGAAUAUCUGGAAGAUUUGAACCCUGCUGGAGCAGAUUCUUUUUCCACCGAGUGAUUUUCUUUUUCUCUGUAUGCAAGAGCAUCUUCACAGAAUCAAAGGCUUCUCUAGGAGUUUGAGUUGCAUUUGUAACAGUGUUCUAGAUGCUGUUGAUCUGAACUUUGUGUUUUAACUAAAACUCUCUGCUGCUAUUUUGUGUUUGCCUGGAAGAAGAGAGAAGACUGGGAAAUGGCUUGCUCUCUCGCUUUUAGCAGAGGAAAUCAACAGAGCUUUUGAGAAAGGAAUGUCAGGUUUUCUGUUAUUGAAUCAAUUUCUCGAGCAGUUAGUCUUGGCUGGAAGUAUCAGUUCAGGAUUUACAUUUUGCUUUAAACAAAUCGAUCUUUUUGCAGUUCCAUGUCAUUAAAAUAACUGGUAUACUUUAUCACAUUUUUGCCAUGGGGUUUAUCCCACCAGGUUAGGCUGAAGGAUAAAGACUUGCUCAAGGCCAACCACUAAGUGCAGAUUUGAACUCAGGUCUCCCUAGCCUAUUCUACCCUUACCUAACACUGGCUGUCAUCUUAAUUUGGAAUUUAAUUAUUCAUCCAGCAUUCAACCUGGGCUGCAUCAACCUACUGCUUAAGAAGCCUAAAGUAGUGGGAGCAAUCUUAUUUUAUAAAGACACAGUUUUUUGUUAUUCUUUCAUUUAGAGAAAUGCCUUGUACCUUAAUCACAUAAAAAUAGUGCCAUUAAAAUACACACUUGGCAAUCUUUGCUUAACAGCCUCAUUUUUAACCAUGCAGCAGUGCUUAGGAAUCUAGGAGAAAAAUGUCAAAAGGUUUAAAGCUGUUAUGUGCCAAUUUUUAAAAAAAGCCUCAGAUGAAGCUUAGAGCCACUACAUGGCCAUGGAUAAAUGUUUAGCAGGGGAAGCAGAGUCCAGAGCCUUGCUUACUAAUACCUUUUCUAGCAUGGGGAAAAUAGAGCUUUGAAAAGCGUCAGCUGCUUUACAGGGUAAAACACUAGUGUUUUUGCUGGUUUUAUUUUCAAACAGCACUUUAUUAAAGGGGAAAAGGUGUUUUUUCUUCAGGGAAUUGGCAACCCUAGUAAAUGCUGUGUUGAAUCAUGUUAAAUAUCUCCAAAGAAGUCAAAUGGAUCUAUUGGCAAUCUUUCAUCGACCCCCAUUUCUUCAAGUGUUAAUAAACAAUUUGUCCUUUGAAGUUG